GUGGACACAUUGUCUCCUUGACACUAGGGUGGAAGAACCUCUGCAUGGCGCGACCAUCGGGAUGAUGGCGGCCCAAACAUCGUCGUUUAGCUUGAGGACGCCAGUGGUGGCUGUCAUUGCGUCGUCUGACGUCUGACGGCCCUCGCACCAUGACGUCGCCGUCGCCGGAAAAUAUUUCUGACGCCACCGCCGCGUCAGAGUAUGUGAUGAGUGACAUGGACAUGGCCUACGUCAUAGUGGUCAUGAUUACGUCAGUGCUGUCCACGGUGGGCUGCGUGCUCAUCAUCGGUCUGCACGUCGCGUAUCGCCCUCUGCGUACGACUGGUCGCGGUAUGCUCGUGCAGCUCAGCGUAGCGGAUCUCCUCACAGCCCUCGGCAAUCUGAUGGGAGUGCUGUGGUAUCUCUUCAAGGACUCGGCGAUACUUCACCGGAACAUGGCUUACUGCGAGACCCACAGCGCCCUGACCAUCUUCUCUAGCAUCGCCUCCUUCCUCUGGACACUUACCAUCGGCUUCAGCCUGUACUUGGCCAUAGUCCACAACCGACCCCACGUCACCAGAAAGUUCUGGAAUCCAAUCUGGUUGGUCUGCUGGGGUAUUCCUACUGCAGUCACCACAGCUGCCCUUGCUAGUCGCGUGCUGGGAUACGACCUUAACCUCCAUCAGGCCAGCUGGUGCUGGAUAGACCCCAAGGCAGAGUUGAAUGUCAUGUGGAAUUUCCUGACAGGCAAAGCCUGGGAGCUUGCGGCCUACUUCGUCACCGUUUUCCUUUACACCGUCGUCAGGAUAACUAUUCUGAGACAUCAGAGUAGGACAGACAUCCUGGAGCGGCAUUCGCGCCGAAACAACCUUAACGAUGCCAACACCAAGCUCCUUUUUGUUCCUCUUGUCUUUAUUGUUAUGCGUCUGUGGGGCACUGUCAGGUUUCUGCUCGGCCUGAUUGACUAUGUCUACGCAAGUUCGCCCAACGCAUCCUGGAUCGUUCCUCUUCAGGACGGAAUAUAA